AUGUCUACUGUACCUCAGUAUACAACGAACCAGGAAACGCAGGAAGCGGCAUUUUCCUGGCGUGACGCUCCUCUCGUCUCUUACGGUCUCCCAUUCCCUCGUCUUGUCGCGAACCAUGUUCAGCGGAUGGGAUGUCAACGUGCAUUUGCUCUUGUCAGUGGCAGCGUAGCCACCAAAACCCCCAGUUAUCAGCAGCUGAAGGACGGUCUUGGCUCGCUAUUAGUGGGUGAACGAGUAGGAGUUAAGCCCCAUACUUAUUGGGAUGAGGUCAUCGACAUCUCUCUGGCUGCGCAAGCAGUUCAGGCGGAUGUCAUCAUCUCUCUUGGUGGUGGCAGUGUUUCCGAUGCGGCAAAGCUCGUCAGUCUAGCACUUAGUAACAAUGUCAAAACCCUCGCCGAACUAGGCGCUCUUCUACCCAUUCAUCACGGCGUAGAUCCAGAUACGAGGCGACUCAAAUUCACGCUUCCCGAACAUGUCAAAACCGUAUCCAUCCCCGUUAUAGUCAUACCAACCACCCUCAGCGCAGGGGAGUACACGCAUGCUUCCGGCGCGACCGACCCACGUAACGACGCAAAACGCCAAUUCAUCACGCCCGACUUCAGUAUGACGCCGAAAGUGGUUGUGUUGGACCCUGCGUUGACGCUUAGUACACCCGAGCGGACAUGGUUCUCUAGUGGCGUGAGGGCCAUCGACCACGCCGUCGAGGUCCUGUGUUCGUUCUAUUCGACGGAUAAUGCAGAUCAAGCCGCGGCCGACGCACUAGCAUUACUCGUUCCCGCCCUCUUGAAGCUUAAGACCAACGGCUUCAAUGACCUUCAAGCACGUCUGGAGGCUCAGCUUGGUGCUCGUAAAGCCAUUGAACCCAUAUGUCUCUUCAUUCCCGCCGGCGGCUCUCAUGCCAUCGGCCAUAUGCUCGGUCCCCUGGGCGUCGGUCAUGGCGAAACAUCUUGCAUCCUCCUUCCCUCUGUCUGUAAAUAUAACAGUGUCAGUCCGCCCGCCCUCGCACGUCAACAACGUCCGCUAUCUGUGCUUUGGUCUUCACCCGAAGUCGCGUCUGCUCUCGAAGCCAGAGGUCUCAAACGAGAGUCGGCGGAUCUUAGCGCUACGUUGGAUGGGGUAUUUAGAGAGCUUGGAAUGCCGAGAACGUUGAGGGAUGUGGGGAUUGACCCAACGGAGGAGUUUUUAGACAAGUUGGCGGAGUUGAGUCUGUUAGACUUUUGGAUGGGGACAAACCCCAUUCCCUUGACGGAAAAAACCGAAGUCCUGAAGAUCUUGAGGAUGUCUGCUUGA